CACACACAUUAAUAAAUAAACAUCGCCAGAAGAAUAAAUAUACCAAAACAUAAUUUUUACGUUCUUCUUGUCAUAUUAGUAAAUUUUAUAUAUUAAGCAAUUCUAUUUAUAACAACAUUUUUUAUUAACUAAAAAAAUUGCGUUGUCAGAACUACACUUCGGAUCGAGCUUUAAAAAAAGAACUUUUUUGUAAAACGACUUUCUUUUAAAAGUCCGCUCGCGACUUUGUAACGUCUCUCUCCAGUUGAUCGAAGCGUCACUCCGCGCUGUUCAAGUUCGCACGAGUCGGCGGUCGCUCGCUCAAACGGCAACGGUCAUAUUGCCAGUUGCCGCUACGCCGCAGUCCAAGCAACAAAGGAAGAUCGCAUCGACCGCAGCGAGUGAUUGAAAGUGAAAAAUACUUCAUAUUCCAUACAAGUGCGAAAAAAAAAACAAUGGCUAACAACGAAUUCGACGUAUAUUGCGUCAAGGGCGGCGGCGGCGGCGCCGGACGCCGGUACGACUACAAUUCCGAGAUCGCGAAUUAUUACGAGGUAAUCUCGAAUCUACGAAAAAUGAAGUGUAUGCAGGAGAUGGUCGUUCACGAGAUGAACGAUGGAAAUCAAGAGGACUUUCACGAGAGACUGAUUUCCUUGAUAAGCGAUUGGCGGGGCCGGUAUCCGGAUCUGCGCAAGAUGUUCCGUCCCAAGGAGGUGGACUGGCUCCUCACCGAGUGCAUGGACUACGACAACUACGAAAAGUUGCUGAACUUCGUGAUCGAGUCGGGCUACAGAGACCAGGCCGAGACCGGAGCGGACGGCGAGCCGCUGUUCCAUCGCGUCACGCCGAUUCAUCACGCGGUCGAGUGCGACUACGACGACUUUGUGAGCCAGCUCUUCGAGAUAUACGAGGUUUGCGAGGUUAAUUACGUGGACGAGCGAGGCUUAACUCACUUUCACGCGGCCUGCGCGUACGACUGCGACAACGUCGUCGAGAGAUUCCUCGAGCGAGGCAGGGUCGAUGUCAAUCUAAUAUGGCGAGUUACGGGCGAGUCUCCGCUGCACAUGGCUCUGUCCCGGUCGUCGGGACGCGAAAGAGUGGCCGAGCUGUUGCUGAGACACGGCGCCGAUCCCAAUUUGGCGGACGACGCGGGAUCGACGCCUCUGCACGUCGUCAGCGGGAGGUGGCACGACGAGCACGAAUUGUUGAAACUGUUUUUCCGGAUCAACGACGAUCGAAAUCAAACCGUACACGUGGACGCUCGAAGCAAGGCAGGUAACACGCCGUUGCACGUGGCCCUGAAGGAAAGCAACGCGAAGGUGGCCGAGCUGCUGCUGCGACGAGGCGCCGAUCCGAGCUUGGCCAACGACGAAGGAUCGACUGCUCUGCACUUCAUCUGCUCGCGCAAUUCCGAUUGCCGCGUAUUGGCGGAGACAUUUUUCAAGAUCAACGCGGAACUCGAUCGGCCCGCGGUGUGCAUCGAUGCCCGAGACAAGCUGGGCAACACUCCGUUGCACCGGGCUGUGUUUCGGGGCCACGAGCGAUUGACCGAGUUGCUUCUGAGGAGAGACGCCGACCCAACACUGACCAACGACGAAGGACUGACGCCUCUGCAUAUCGUUUGCAAGAGAGAAGGCAAGGACGACGGUUUGGCGGUGAGAUUCUUCGAAGUCAUCGGUGACCUGGGAAAGCAGGUGCGAAUCGAUGCCAAGGACAAUUCGGGCUACACGCCGCUGCAAUGGGCCGUGGCGAAUUUCCUACCGGACACUGUCGACGCGCUCGUGGAUCGUGGCGCCGAUCUCGCGAGCUUCGUCUUUCCCGCUGCGAGUCGAUUCGACGUUGAUUCGAAAAAGAGCUGCCUUUCGAUCUCGGAUAAAUUGAAAUUGGCGCACGACACUCGAGGCAUGGUCGAGCGCUUGGAAAGAAGGGGAUACGUGCUGGACCGAAGCGACGUCGUGACGAUCGCCAACGCCUUCGAUAAGCACGAAUUUUUUAAGAUCCCCGCGGAUCUCGAGGAGCGUUGGUACAAAGACAAGAAAUUCGUGGAAACAGGAAAAUAUCUCGAGAUAAAGCCCAACGUGACUCUGUACGAUCUGGUUCGUUUAAGACCCGAAGCGGCGGAAAAACUCAUCAGCUACGAGGAGAUUUCUAAGUUUCUGCGCAAGAACAAUUUCUACAGGUGCAUCGCGCGGAAAGAUCUCGAGGCGUGCGAUGCGCACUUGUGCGCGAUAAUAACGAGACGAUUGUACCGCGGAUGGGCACUGGAUCCGCUGGUGGAUUUGACGCGACACAAGUUGCCGAUUCUCUGCUGCGAUAUGAUUAUCGAGGGUCUGAGUAACGAGGAUUUACGAAGCAUCUGCUUGGCGGCUGCUGGACAAGACUCGUGAUGUGUCGAUUAAAGGAUAUUUGUUGUGUGUUUCGUGUCUAUAUUUA